AUGUCUCGUCGCACACCCAGAAGACCAGAAUACCGUAAAAUUAACAAAGACCUCUUUGUCCUCACCUACGGAGCUCUGGUGGCCCAGUUGUGUAAAGACUAUGAAAAGGAUGAGGAUGUAAACGCAUACUUAGAUAAGAUGGGUUAUGGCAUUGGGACACGGCUGGUGGAAGACUUUUUGGCUCGUUCCUGUGUGAGAAGAUGCCAUAGUUACUCAGAAAUUGCCGACAUAAUUGCUCAGGUUGCUUUCAAGAUGUACUUGGGAAUUACACCAAGUGUGACCUGUCACAAUUCAAGCAGAAAUGAAUUUUCCCUGAUUCUAGACAAGAAUCCUUUGGCAGAGUUUGUGGAGGAGCUGCCGGCUGGGCGAUCUUCUCUGUGCUACUGCAGCUUACUCUGUGGGGUUAUCAGAGGUGCCCUGGAAAUGGUUAAUUUGGCUGCUGAUGUUACAUUCUUGCAAGACAGACUAAAAGGCGACAGUGUGACGGAAAUAGGAAUAACAUUCCUGAAAAAGCUAGAUGAGAAGAAAUAUAGACGGAAAAAAUGA